AGUCUUUUGUGACUCUAGCCACAAAUGACUCCUAUGUGAAAGGAGCACUGGUACUUGGUUCAUCCUUGCAACAGUACAGAACAACAAGGAAGCUGACUGCACUCAUAACUCCUCAGGUCUCAGAUCUUAUGAGGAGAGUGCUGGAAAAAGUCUUUGAUGAAGUCAUAUUGGUAAAUGUCUUGGAUAGUGGGGAUUCAGCACACUUGGCAUUAAUGAAAAGACCUGAGCUGGGUGUCACACUAACAAAGCUUCACUGCUGGGAACUGACACAGUUUUCAAAAUGCAUUUUCAUGGAUGCAGACACAAUGGUCUUGACAAAUAUUGAUGAGCUUUUUGAGAGAGAAGAGCUAUCUGCAGCACCAGAUCCAGGCUGGCCUGACUGUUUUAAUUCUGGAGUUUUUGUUUACCGACCUUCCAUUGAAACAUACAAUCAGCUGUUACAGUUUGCCACAGAGAAAGGCAGCUUUGAUGGUGCAGAUCAGGGGUUAUUAAACACCUUCUUCAGCAGCUGGGCAACAACAGACAUGAGCAAACAUCUACCAUUUAUUUAUAAUUUGAGCAGCACUUCUGUAUAUUCCUACCUUCCAGCAUUUAAAGCGUUUGGUGCAAAUACUAAAGUGGUGCAUUUCCUGGGAAGCGCAAAGCCAUGGAACUAUACAUAUGACUCCAGAACAAAAAGCAUAAAGGGCAACAUGGACGACCCUAAAAUAGUUCACCCAGAAUUCCUCAACAUGUGGUGGGAUACCUAUAUAGCUAAUGUUUUACCAUUACUAGAACAGCAUGGAAUUGGUACAGAAAUUACUACAGGUGUAAACAUGAGGUUACAGAGGCAGCAUCCCACAUAUCAAUAUCAGCACCAUCACCAGUAUUACCAACUGUAUCUUCAGAAGAACGCAAGGAACGGUGGGAACAGGGCCAAGCUGACUAUAUGGGAAUGGAUUCCUUUGACAACAUCAAGAAGAAACUUGAUAGCUACCUUCAGUAGAAAUGCCUGUCUCAAACCGUGGUGAUGCAAGGACUUGUUCCAGAACUAACAGCUAGAAAGGUGUAGAUGGUGGUCAGUUACACUUGCUAGUAGCUUGAUGAAAAACUUCUUGGCUGAAGGCCUCUGCAGUGCUACAGAUGAAGACUGAGCAAAAGCUAGGAAGCAGAAUUCCUUGGGCCACCUAUAACUGCCCAAUUUCCAGUUCUCCCUACUAGAUAAAACCAGGUAUUUUCAGCCUAAAUUUUCUUCUGUUGUGAUCAAUUGGCUCAACAUAUUCCUUCCAAACUGGGUUUGUUACCUCACCUCAUUAAGGUGAUUAGCAUUGAUUCCUUUGCUUGCUGUUUUAGAUGUAAAAUCUAAUUCAUGGGAUUGCUCAUACACUAGAGUGGUAGCCAUUCUGCUUUACCAUAAAUGUAUUAAUGACACUGGGAUACAUACAGAUGUAAUAGUCAUAGCACUGCUUUGCUCUUCCAGUCACAAUUGCACUGAAGUUUUGACCAGGUUCUUACGCACAGUGCCUACAGCAUGGCAUAAUGCAUUUUUCAGUUCUGUAUACUAUGGGACUAGUAAACCGAGUUUUAUCUGUUACUUGCAAUGUUGCACUUGAUACAAAAAUAAAAAGUUGUCAUGCA